AUGCGAGAAUCUGGUUGCAAACCGGACGGGUGUGAGAUGGAUGUUGGAUCGCUAUCUUGUGGUUAUUAUAAAAUUAAACGUGUUUACUACGUUGACUGCGGUGAACCAGGGAAAAGAUCCGGCGAAUCAACAGAUACCGCAUGGAAGCGAUGUGCCGACGAUUAUAACUGUGCUACAACCUGUGUUAACAACUAUUACAAACGAUUCAGCCAUGGGUGCAAUGUUGCCGGCACCUGCCAGAAGAUGGCACGUAUACACAAUGGAGGUCCCCACGGAUGCGAGAAACAAGCCACCAUUGAUUACUGGAACUGGGUCAAAUCGUGUUGUCAAUGCUCGUAA